CCCGGUAGUUCUGUAACAUUGCCCAGUAACUUCUGUAACAUUGUGUGGGGUGAGGGGACUGAAGGCUCAAGGUUACCUCCUGACCCACACAUGUCGAGAUGACCACUACAAUACCCUGUUAACUAAGGUAGUCAUCAUGUAUGCUGUUCGUUCCUUGCGUCCACUGCGGCUGACGGUCCAGAAUGCCGCCAGAAAAUACUGUACCGACGCUCCAGUUGCACCGAGGAAGAAAAGACGCGUUCUGGCCUUCAUCGGGAAGAGCCUCGGUGGUGUGGCGUUGACGGUGCCGGCGGCCGGAGGAGUGUACUACCUUAUGAGCGAUGACGUCACCAAGAGGCAGACCAGAGUCACCUUCGAGGGUAUUGGUCGAUUCUUCAGGACUCUGUGGGUGGGUGUGACCAUAUCACUAGACUACCAGUGGUCGACAUACGGCCUGGACGACGCCAGCGACAUGUAUGAAGAGGCAAUGUCCGGGACUCACCAACGCUCUGCUGAACGGAUACUAGAUGCCUGCCUGAAGAAUGGAGGACUUUAUGUGAAGCUUGGUCAAGGUUUGGUGUCAAUGAACCACAUCCUGCCCAAGGAGUAUGUCAACGUGCUCAGGGCUCUACAAGACAGGUGCCUUAAUCGUAGCUGGGAUGAGAUAGGCACCUUGUUCCAGGAAGACUUUGGACGCUCACACAAAGCAAUGUUUGCCAAGUUUGAUGAUGAACCAAUUGCUGCAGCGAGUUUAGCACAGGUGUUCCGGGCCACAACGCACGGCGGGGACGAGGUGGCGGUGAAGGUGCAAUACAUUGAUCUCCAAGACCGCUUCAAGGGGGACAUAGCCACCAUAGAGUUGAUCUUGGAGUUUAUACAGCUGAUGCACCCCAAGUUUGCCCUCAAGUGGGUCAUGAAGGACCUGAAGGGCACACUGGAACAAGAGUUGGACUUCAUCAAUGAAGGCCACAACAGUGAGCGCUGUGCGAAGGACCUCUCAAAUUUUUCCUUUGUCUAUGUACCAAAAGUUCACUGGGACCUGUGUAGUAAAAGAGUUCUAACAGCUGAGUUUAUCCACGGGCACAAAGUCAAUGAUGUUGUCAACAUAAAGAAAGACGGGAUGAGCCUUGAAGAUGUAGACGAGAAGCUCAUCAACGCAUUUGCCGAACAGAUUUUCCACACUGGCUUUGUACACGCUGACCCACACCCGGGGAAUGUUCUGAUACGCCGGAGUCCUCGUGGUGGAGCGGAAAUAGUUAUAUUGGACCACGGGCUGUACCAGAACCUCCCUACCUCAGUGAGACAGCCUCUGUGUCGUCUCUGGAAGGCCAUCGUCUUGGGAGAUCAUGAAAAAAUGAAGGAAAAUUCUUCUCAGCUGGGUGUGACAGCCUCGGACUACCGCUUGUUUUGCAUAUCUCUCUCUCAGCGCUACGUGCCACCUGCCGAGGGCUUUGUCCAUGAUGUGUUUGAUCUAUUUUUUAACGACAAAGGCCCGAACUUUAUGACGCGCGCCGACUUCAAUAAACUACCAGAAGAGCAGAAGAGUGAAUUACGGAGAGAAAUCUUGGAUGUUCACGAUCGUGUUCUCGAGGUCUUCAAGGCGAUUCCUAGCACGCUCAUGCUGAUAUUUAGGAAUGUAAACACGAUCCGCGCCGUCACGAGGGAACACGGCAACAUCGUUGACAGAUAUACGCUGAUGGCUCGGUCGGCGACCAGAGGAGCGUUUGUCUCUCCUGAUGCCACCUUCAGGCAGAGGAUGCAAGGACGUUGGGAGCAGUUCUACUUUGACUAUUCCCUCAAGAAAGAAGCUGUAAAGAUGUGGAUGCUGAAGAAAAUCCUCUACUUGAUGUAUCUCUUGGGUCGUGCACCAGACAUGGCACAAAUAGAACAAGCCGUGUCGAGAGGUGGAGUGGCGUACUGAAGGUAGCAGUGGUUAUAGUUUGGAAGAACAACAUCUCUUAAGUGACUUUCGACAAGAUAUCGUCACUCAACACUACAAGUGGCUGGUCAUGUAUGGUCCACCAGCAUUUAUACCUGUUAAAAUUGGCUGGUUCUUUUUGUGAGGUAUUGCAACUCUGUAUUUGUUUACAUGGUAUUAAAGCUCCCCAAAUGGCCCUAAGGAAUCUCCCAUUAGGAGCCAGACUAAGGACACUAGAUGAGCAAUCCACAGAGUUGCCACAUCUCCCAAAACACGCAGCAACUUGACUUGGGGGGUGGGGGGGGGGGUAUGUGUAUAGCUGGGAGCGUGUGUGCUGUGUAAUAAGUCUUCAUUGAGAGCAUUACCGGGAAAUCGAGCAAGUGGAAGCUUUAGUAAUACCCUAGAAACUAUUUUGUAUGCUAUUAAAUGAUAAGAAAUAAUUUGUAAAUAAUAAUUAAUAUUGGUCAUAGUUGGUGUAAAUCUAGUAGCUUGUCCUCGAACUUGAUUGCAACGUGGAUGGGGUGUCUAUUUGGUACCUUAGCUAGAGAAUGGCAUUUCUACUAGGUACAUUAGCUAGAGUAUGGGGUGUCUAUUUGGUACCUUAGCUAGAGAAUGGCAUUUCUACUAGGUACAUUAGCUAGAGUAUGGGGUGUCUAUUUGGUACCUUGGCUAGACAUGUGGAUGGCAUUUUUACUUGGUACAUCAGAUGCUGGUGUUAAGAAUUAGACACGAGUUGGGAGUUUAAUACCAUAUAGUGGGUACUGGGGUUAUUAUAAGACUGUGACUUAUAUACUUACUAUAGUUAUUAUAUAUACUGUACUGUUCGAUGAACACUUAUUCUCAGGGCCAGCAGCUAUAAUACUGUUAAUGUCUUCUUGUUAAUUUUUUAUAAUAAGUAAAUCCAUAUUGUAUUGAUAUUUGCAAUACAUAAAUGGCUUUCUUUUUCCCUGGUGUUGAAGUUCUAUAUUGUAUUGUUGUUACAGUAGCUACAAGAACUAAACUACUGUAUUAUUACUGUAAGCAGACCGAUAACUAUAACUACUUUUACAACAAGAUCUAAAAUAAUGUAUUAUCAAUAUCACCGUGAUUACAGUACAUGUAAUAUCCAUGUGCUCUGAGAUACAGGUGACUUACCAUACUAUACCUGUAAUAUAACUUACCUAGGGACCAAGUGACUAAUAUUUCAAUUACAGUAUUUCUCACCUGUAGCCCGGCAUAUUUUCUCAUGGUACCGGAACAGCAACAGAUGAUGUUCGUACAGUGUAAGAAUUGGGAUGAUUACUUGUUGUAAAUACAUUCUCCGCUCCGCCUCAUCUUCUGACAGUGGCAGGAACACAAAAUAAUGGAAUAAUUAGCACUAUGGAACAAAGUUAUAGAAUAAUUAGCACUAGUGAACAAAAUAAUGGAAUAAUAAGCACUAUGGAACACAAUGAAAUAAAGAGGACUUACUGUA